CCCUGCCGGCCCGGGCCCCCCACCACAGGCGGAGCCCCUCAGGGCGGCCUGCUCCGCGGCACAGGGCGGGCCUUUCCCGGCUUCCCUUCCCUCCCUUUCCGCCGCCGAGCGAGAGGAGGAGCGGCGGGCGCCGCAGCAGCACCACCACCACCACCGAAGCAGGCAGGCGGCUGCGGUGGCCGCCCCGGGAAGAAGCCGCCCGCGGUCGCCUCAGGCGGGAAACCGGCCCGCAGGGGCUGGGCAAGCCCGGGGGCUGCUGCCGCCUGCCUGCCUGCCUGCCUGCUGCCAUGCCUCCCCCUUCCCCGCCCGCCGCCGCCGCCGCCGCCGCCUAGAGCCGGCCGGGCGCCGCCUGCCUCGCCCCCUCCUCGCCCGCCCGCCCGCCCGGAGAGUCCCGGCACGCCGCGGCCACCGCCGCCGCCUAAGCCGCCAGCCGCGCCAUGAGGAGCGCCGAGGAGCUGGAGGGCUUCGACGGGGAGGCGUCCAGCACCUCCAUGAUCUCGGGCGCCAGCAGCCCCUACCAGCCCACCACCGAGCCCGUCAGCCAGCGCCACGCGGGGCUGCGCGGCCUCCGCUGCGACCCGGACUACCUGCGCGGGACCUUCGGCCGGCUGAAGAUCGCCCAGGUGGUUUUGGCACUGAUUUCCUUCAUCUGCAUAGAGACCAUCAUGGAAUGCUCCCCUUGCGAAGGUCUUUAUUUCUUUGAAUUUGUCAGCUGUAGUGCAUCUGUAGUUACUGGCGUUCUGUUGCUUAUGUUCAGUCUAAAUCUCCACGCAAGAAUACCACAGAUCAACUGGAACAUUACAGAUUUGGUCAAUACUGGACUCUGCACUUUCUUCUUUUUCAUUGCAUCUGUAGUGCUGGCUUCUUUAAACCAUAAAAAAGGAGCAGAAAUUGCAGCUGUGAUAUUUGGUUUCCUGGCAACUGCAGUCUAUGCUGUGAAUUCAUUUUUAGCGGUUAAAAAUUGGAGAAGUAACAGCCGACAGCAAAGCACACGGCAGACCAGUGAUUAUAUGCGCGCUCGGACAGAAUCGAGAGAAGUAGAUCAUCGCCCCGAGAUUCAGCGUUUGGAUGGGUGAAAAUUUCAUGCCAAGUGGGACCCCUCCAAAGAAAAAAAAAUAACAGAAGCCUGCAGACCUUUUAAAAAAAUGUUCACUUUUAUAGGAAAGGAAGGAGGAGCAUGUGGUGGCCGAGAGCACCUGCAUGUACAAAGAGAGGGAGGAAGGUUGAGAAGUAAUUGACAUGAAGGCUAUAAUGACCGACCUUUUCAAAUGAAGAUACUUGUCCGUAAAUAUGGAGGAGGAGGCGACGUUAAAGUGAAGGACUGUCUUGGUGCACAGUAUUUUCUUGAGUUAGCAGACCCAGAAUGGGACUUCUUGUUUGGUCUGCAUUUCCAUCAUUGAGAAGAAACAUUAGAAUCAACACUGGCAGUAGAUUGUUCCUCUGAAACGGAGUUUCCAGUAACAGUGUUUGUGAGAGAGAGCCCCAAGGAGCAAUAGCAAUAACACGAACCAGGCACUGGGUUACACAGUCAAUGCAUACAUCUCCUUAACAAGACAGGCCAGUUACCUUUAGUUCUCACACUCCUGCCAUUCUGUUGUGCUUCUGCAAAGGCAGCCAUGUCAGGCGGUUGGUUGGAGGUGUGGGUGAUCUCAACAGAAGCAGCACUUGCUUACACAGAAAGGCAUCAAAGUUCAUUCCAUUUGUGACCACAGCUAGGCAUGAACUGAGGCUUAGCAUCUCCACCUGUGGUGCAUCCACUCCUCCCCCCUCCCCACUUUCAUAUAGGUUGUAGAUGUCCAUUUUGUUUGCAUUUGUCAUCAAACAUAGAAUAAUGGCAUUGAGCCAUUCUGUUUGUCAAAAUCCAUAUGCUGUUAAAAGGGGUUUGCCCCGCUUUUAUGUUCAACUAUGGAAAAGCUUCAUUGGGGUCAGGUUUAAGAAACAUACAUUGGUGUGUCCAUAUUCUGCAAUGUUUUUGAAAUGCUUACUUAUCUCAGUUUUAUUUGUUAAAUUGCCCGAAUUAGGGCGCGCUCCCCCCCCCCCGCCCUCUCAGUACUUUGAUCAGUUUAGUUGGAGAUGCCUAAACCUAUUUGGGUAUUAUAGCAGAUCUGCAAAACGUCUGAAUAAUGGUCCACAGAUGAAGGCUCAUACUUUUUUUUUGCCAGUGAUGUGGGCAGAGUAGCAUUUGUGUGGUGUAUUUUAAAUUAUAUACAUGCUACAUAACUCCCGUUUUCUCCCCACCUUCCCAGCAACGUGUCAUAGGGGAAAUAAUGCACUCUGUGGUCAGGGGAUUUGGAGCUGGUAAUUAGCAUCUCUUUUGCUUUGUGUUUCAUGUCUCUUGCACCUGAUGUUUUGGUCAACCACAAGAUUAAUAUUUAAAGUGAAUGAGAGUCUAUAAUCACAGUUCUCAAAGUGUCAGGAAUGUUUCCCUAACAAUAGUGUACUCAGUUGCUAGAGGAGGUACUCUUUUUUUUGUCCAGCUCAGUUCUUGUGUGUCUUGGUUAGAAUGUGAAUCAUCCCCUCCAAAUGAAGACCAGCACUGCCAAUUGUGGGGUGUGAGAUCUCACCAUUCCUGUGUGAAAUGCCAGAACUUGGGAUUGUUGUGAAGACCCCUUACUGCUUGCAUGCAUUUUGCUCCUGGAUCUUCACAGCACACUUGAGCCUCUCAUCCGAAUCGAUCCCAGGUUCUUUGGCUUCUUACUCACAUGCAGUAAAUGCCUUCUGCUGUAUGGGGACCUCUCAAGGCUACGUAUAUUCCAUGCACCUGUGAUCGCGACAUCAGCGUGAUACUAAAAAUGCAUAAUACUAAGAAUGCAGCUUUCAUUUUCCAAAAAAGCGGGUUCAAGUGACUUUAGAGAUCAGCUUGAAAACAUGUGGACAGUCCUUGGAAGCAUGGCUGCUAGAGGCAGGAGGGAAAUCCAGCCCUCUGCAUAGCUCAUGUGGCAGCGUAAUGUAUGCCAAAUAAGCAAAUAUAUGUAAGUGUGCCUAAUUGGCAUCAUUGGUUAAAGGAUUUUACUUUUAUGGGCAAAGAAUCUGGUGUGUGUUUUUACAGUUAUAGAGCAUGGAUUAUAUACAGCCCUGGUUACUCCUAAAGACUCACUGGGCCCUUAAAAUGUCCAACUCAAGAGGUUCUGCUCUACAUCUCAUUAUUCGCUGUAAAUUGUACAUCGAAUGACUGAGAGCUGCUGGUAUUUUAAUAGCCCUGCGAAUUUGCAACAGGAAGAGACCUUAUGGGUCAAACCCUGCCCGGAAUAGGGGAUGCCACAGCACUCGCCCACCAAAUGUUGAGGGCAGUGUGCUGAGUGGGUAUGUUUUUUGCCUUUCAUGGCUGAGGAUGCUAAAAUUAGAGUAGAACUCACAAACCCUUCUUAUCACAAGCCAAAAUUAAAAUUGUACACUCCAUUAUUGGACUUGGAGGUGGUAGUGGCUUGUCCUAACAAGCCCGGGGGUGGGGUGCUGCAGGAGGCCGCUCGGGAUUCUCCUCUCUUUCAUGCCUAGCCCAAGAGCUGUGGGGCCUGGAGGAGGCUGACCAUUCGUCCAAUAGAGCUGUGCAAGUUAGUGCUUGGGCAAGGCGGGAGGGGGUCAGCCCCAGCUGCCUCCUUUGCAAUGGGAGAACACACUACUGUUGUAGCUGACCUCUGCAUAGGAAGCUGCCAUAUACUGAGUCAGACUAUUGGUCUAUCUAGCUCAGGCUUGUCUUCACAGACUGGCAGCGGCUUCUCCAAGGUUGCAGGCAGGAACCUCUCUCAGCCCUAUACUGUAUGCUUUGGUAGUUUGUUGGUUCAAUAAAAAAAACUUGUCCUAUAAAAUAAAUAAAUAAAUCUUGUCCUAUAUUGGAGAUGCUGCCGGGGAGGGAACUUGCAAUCUUCUGCUCUUCCCAGAGUGCAGCUCUGUCCCCUGAAGGGAGUAUCCUGCAGUACUCACACAUCAAGUCUCCCAUUCAUAUGCAACCAGGGCAGACCCUGCUUAGCUAAGGGGACAAGUCAUGCUUGCUACCACAAGACCAGCUCUCCUCAAAUAUUAAGAGCGUAUUCAGCUUGCUUUUUUUUAAGGCACUGAAACUGCAUGAGAAUCAUUUCUAUUGUUUUGCAGUGACCUAAUGAUGUUAGUUGAUUCCCUCUCCCCCCUGCCUCCAAGAGAUCUUGUCAGCUGUCACAGGUUAACUUCGAAACGAAUGCAUUUCCUUUCCCGUUAGACUGAGUGGAUGCAAAAUUCUCUGCAUGAUUUCUGACUGCUGGUAUAGCAGGUUCCCUUGUGAAUGUGCAGCAUCAUGUGUGAUCAUGUCAUAGAUAUUUUGAUUUUAUAGAGCUAUACUGGCCUGUAACUGUCAAGGGUCAUUUAAAAACAAAACAAAACAAACAUUGUUACAUUAUCAGUAUCAUUGUAGGUGAUAUUGCUACAUUGUAAAAGAAAAUACACUUCUAGAGCUUUUGGAAAACAUGUUGGUCUUUUAAAAGAAGCUUUCUGAAGAAUGACUUUAAAUUUGUGAAGAGGAGAAUCUGUAAUCUCUUCUGCAAAAUUUUUGGAACCAAAGAUUAAGGAGUUUUAGUCUGGAGUCUUAUUUACAGUUUGAAAGGGAUUAUGUUUGGCAUGAAGGUAGAUAUUGCUGUAUUCCCCAGCAACGCUGUGAUAUUGUGAUCCUUUAAUUUUGACGAUUGAAAUUUGAUCCAUUGAUGUUGGAGAGGCCUGGAGGGAGUUCUGUACAUUCAAGGAGUCCUUGGCUUUGUUCGUGUGAAGAGCAGUUCCCAAAGCUGCUUUUGAAAUGGAGAGAGUGGUAGAAGCCAUUUGCCAAGUGGCAUGGUGGGUGGGGUCUGUUGUUCCAAGCAGAAAGAGCCAAAACCCACACAUGUGAGCAAACCACAGGGCAGACCUUUGGGAAGGGGUUCUCAAUCAGGUCCCCAGAUGUUGUUGGACGUCGGCUCCUAUUAUGGGAGCUGCAGUCCAGCCACAUCUGGGGAUUCUCAAGUUUGAGAACCCCUGCUUUAAGGAGCUCUCUAGUUAUUGGCCAAAGAACGUAUAUUAAAAUAUGAUAUGUAGGCCUUGCAGAUGCGAAGAUAUUUUCAUAAUUAAUUCUUAAUAUUUUUGAAAAGCUUAAUAAUUAAACGAGUUGCCUGAUUCUGAACACUUUAAGAGUAAACUGACUUGGUCCAAAAGAAUUGUAGUCUGUAUUUUUGGUUGAUUGGUUAGUUUACCCCCUUCUGCAACUAUAUGCAAUUUAAAUUUGAACUAACCCAUCUCUAUAAUGCAGGUCUGAUCAACUUAGGGCCCACCCAGCUGUUUUUUGGACUACAACUCCCAUAAUCCCCAGCCACAGUGGCCAAUAGCCAGGGAUUAUGGGAGCAGAAGUUGAGCAGCCCUGCUAUAAUGUCAUGUAGGGUGCAGACCUGCUAGAGAGCAUGAGUAUGAUCUCUUCAAGGGUGACUCCCAGGUGUGUUCAGAAUGAAAUCUCAGGUGUAAAAGAGGGAUAUUUGAAGUUGUCUUGGAUAUACAAGGACUCCUUUUAAAGGACUUUUAAGGCCAAAUCUAUCUUUAUUGUAAUCAGAUGUGUUUGAAUGGUUAACACACAUAUAUCCUAAUACAGUAGGGUUUGGGGUCCCCCCCCAAUUCCAUUAGACAUGUAAUCUGCCCCACAGAUUCAAUGAGCUCAAUAGGCCAACUGAUAUGUUGGUAUCUGCACACUAAGAAUAGUUGCUGACAUCUAGUGCAACGAAGUGCGGGAGGUUGAGCUGCAACUCGGUUGCCCAACAGAAGAGCCGUUCUUUCCAAUGGAGGUUGCAUCACACGGUUGUGCUGAACAGGGCUGUUUGCAACAGUGGAGGCAGGUUUUAGAUACCUGCAGCCGCAGUGUGCACUGCUCACCUGCCCAUGUUUCACUGAGCGAAAUGUCAGCGGAUGCUGGGCUACCUCCAUGCCGUGAGCUUUCUACUGUAAGAGAGAACUUCCACCUUGACCUGCUUUUAUAACUCUCAAGGGGUAGAGGAAGAGACCUGGUGUUCCCUCUAGGAUGGAUUUCUCACUUGCCCAGUGGGAGUGGGUCAUGGUCAGUCUCCAUGACAACCAUGUUGAGUAGUCUUAUUUUCAAGAGGAUUAUUGAAUUUCAUGUGCAAAAACAACCUACUUUUACAAAUAGAGUGUGAAGCUUCUGAGCGAAUGAAUGGUAGUCACCAGAUAGAGUGCCUUCACCUAUCCUGGAAUGAUGGCUAAAUGCUUUUUAGCAGCUGGUGGUACUGCAUAAUCCUCCCCUCCCUCCCUCCCCAUUUUAAGUGCACACCAUUUUAAAUUUGGGAAACAAUGGGUUAGAUCCAAAGGUGCACUUCUGCUCAUGGAAGGCCUGUCUUGCACCAGAGCCUUAUGGGAGGUGUUAUUCAAAUCCAAAGAUGAUAUUCUUCACGAACAACAGCUUGUGCAAUCUUUCGCGCAUUGGAAGCAUGAGAUUGGCUAUAGAUCCUAUCCCUAUUUUAGCACUGCAUGAACUCUUUUUAAGUGUUCGCAAAACAAUAGUAGAAGUCAUUUUCCUUCUAUUCCUAGUUCUUUUGGAUCCAACCUGUUCUACUUGUUCUUUAAAUAUAAUUUGUACAGCAGCCUUGAUUCCUAUAUUUAUAUUCCAGAACUCUGCAUGUUCAAUGUUUGAGUGUAUUUCUUCCUUAUGGUUUUCAUGGAAAAAGUUAGUCAAUGUAUUUUACAGGCUCUGUUGUCAGGUUCUGCUUAGUGGUUAAUUAAUGAAGGCGUAAGUACCCCAAGGCAAUAUUUAGAUCUAGGGCUGGUCCCUACAGUUGUAAUAACCACCUCUGGGUGAAAAACAAGAAUGUUGAGAGAGAACUGCUCCCUUCUUUGUAACAGCUGCAGAUAAUUUUGUAUUAUACAGUACACUUCUGUAGUAGUUUAAGUGACUCAAAUAGCUUGAGAGGCACAGAAAGAGAGGGCUUGAAGGAAACGCUCCCUCCUUGUAACUAAUUUAUCUAAUCUCUUUUUAAUUUGCAUUCCACCGAGCUCUUCUUCCAGAAUGGUCUUUCUAAAGUUCAAACUUAUAAUGCUACUCUUAAACAAGUGGCUUAAACUGUCGCCUUCCAAGUGUCUUUCAUUCAAUGACAUAAUAGUGAAAUCUCUGGAUUCUUGAAGUUGGCCUUCAAGAUUGGUAGGGUGAAUCACAAGCCAUCGGGGGCAGGGGGUGUUUAGUCUAUCCUGCUAAGCCUGGUCCUUGUGGAAGUCUUCGUCCAACCCAGAGGCCGUGUCCAUUGAUACAUCUUGAGCUACUGUGUGCUGCCUCACUUACUGUAUGAUUCAUAUUGGGGAAAGGGGUGCACAUUGGUGAACCUCCCUGCUCCGGUUUCCCUUGGACCUUAAACUCCAAGUUUCUUGCCUUUUCUGCUUGUCCACCUGGUCCCAUGCAUGAGACAGGAGUUGUGAGCUCUGCCAACAUGUCACCUUUCCUGUGUCUGUUACCAUGAGGAGACUUGUCUCAUUUGUGUCUUUGCCUAGAAGGGCUUUGUUACAGCGUUUGAGACUCUCCUUUCCUAAACAUUUUCAUAAUAUUAGAUGAAGCCUUGCAUUUCCAGGGCCAGAAUAGCUCCGACUUGUACAUCCUCUUUUUUGUUAAUUACUGGCCUUGUUUGUCCAGGGGACCUGAAUGCAUAUUGGUACUCCAUUGUUCGAUGUUGUGGACUCGUGGUGCAUUCCUGCACUACUUCUCGUGCACCUUUUGGUGAAAGGUUGCAAGCUUGU